AACACUAUACGUGUAGCAAAUAGUGACAGCAGUCAGUAGCGCAACGGGCACCAGCAACGGCAGCGUUAACAGACGCCGGCAAGCUAGCCACGUUCCCUAUCUCCGAUCUCCCUCAUCGGCUGGAGGAGAGCAUCUCCGACGAGUAUAAGAGAUUUAGAAGGCCUCGACCCGGCUGUCCAAGUCCCAUUUUCACCGACGUGUGAAUCCACGCGACACUGCACGAGCUACCCCACUCCAAUUGUAGGUUAUAUCAACUUGUAGAUCACUAAGAAGAAUUUUAAAGGUCUUGCUUCCAUUUCGUGUUGAAGGUGAAAGUUCUUGUUCCCAGCAGCUAGUUGUGUAUAAGGACUUAGAGGGUGACUGGGACUUGCUUAAGGAAGGAAAUUUGAGGUCCAAUUAAUUAUUGUUAAGGAUGUCCAGGUUUAGAUCACUCUGGCAAGCUUCUUUGGAUGCUACCAAGAAAGCUCUCACAUGGAAUGUGGAAGACUUGAUGCCUCCAACUGAGAGGCUCAUUUUUAAUUUCAAUUCAAGGGAAGAGCUAAAGAAGUGGCAUCUUUAUUCUGAUUCUGAGUACGGAGGUUCGUCCUCAGCGUCAUUGGAGAUCAUGGAUGAGGGAAAUGGACUAAAAGGAGUCUUCUCUGGUAACCUGUCAUUGGAUGUAGCUGAGGGUUCAAAGUGGAAUAUUAGUCGGAGUGGUUUCUGUGGAAUGCGGUCCAAGAAGUUUGAUGGUUUCAUUGAUCUAGACGCAUAUGAUACAAUAGCUCUAAAGCUUAAAGGUGAUGGAAGAAGCUACAUAUCCACAAUUUAUACUGAGAAUUGGGUGAAUUCACCCGGACAAAUGGAAGAUAAUUCAUGGCAAGCUUUUGUUUUUGUACCCAAAGACAACUGGUAUAUUGCAAGGAUACCUCUUGCUCGAUAUUUGCCAACAUGGAGAGGAAACGUUAUAGAUGCAAGCAUGGAAAUGAAUCAAUCUCGCAUUCUCGGCAUGUCUCUAUCCGUCAAUGCAGGUGGUGGGAUCCCCGGUGCUAGAUCCGGACCAGGUGAUUUCAAAGUUGAACUUGAUUGGAUAAAAGCCUUUAGGACACAGUGACUUGCUGUCAACUGUUGCUUAGAAUUGUGGAAAUGGCUGUUUCAAAGCCUAUGUUUUGUUUUGGUGCAAAAAUAGUAAAACACUCAUUCCAGGCCCCAAUAAUGUAGUCUCGUCCUGUUUGGUUCACAUGCAUGCCAAAUUAACAAUGGCAUCCAGCCUCGUCAAUUAUCUUGUUCGGAUGAUCGUUCAUCAGCCACCUUAUAAAAAAAAUCUAGGAUACCGGCCGAAAGAACUGGGAUAAUGUCAUGUUUUGUAA